AUGCCUGAUGCAGUGUCUGCUGUCCCAACAUCAAAUCGCCAGGCCAUUCCGGUGCCGCCUAAAGAGCUUGCGGCGCCGCCUUCGAUCGAUGGCUACUUGGCACCAAUGAGACGGGUUCCCGAGCUUCUUGCACGCAUCGCGGACCAGGAAGCUGACAACGCAAGACUCCAGCAAGAGAAGACGGCUGCCAAAAAGAUGUCCAGCGACCACCAUACUCGUCUCACGCAGGCAACGAAGUCCUUGGGCGAUUUGACAGUCUCGUAUUCGAAGCGCCUGGAGGAGAAAGACGCCCUACUCAGUGAGAACGUCGCAAUCGAAGAGCGCGACACACUUACGAAGAAGGAAAUCGCCAAGUCCACCCGCGAGAUCAGCGAUAUGACGAUCAAGAUCCAAGAGAUGGAGACCCAGAUCCAAGCAUACGAGGUCGAGAAUUCGGAACUGCAAGAUCGCGUCACUACAUUGGAGACAGAAGCACACAGUCUGCAAUGUCACGUUCAAGACCUGGAGUUUGAGAGAGAGCAUGACCGGAUUUCGGAGGAUUCCCGUGGAUACGUCAGAAACGGUAGAAGGGACUCCACGCAACGCCCCAUGUCGAACUUUGACCCCACUCCUCCGCGCCAAGGUUCAGACCGAGACCGAGAAUCGAGGCACAGCGAGGCGGUAUACGUUGAGCAUCGGAGGAGGUCGAGUGGACUCUACGAGCGCGACGGUCAUCGACGAGGACCUCACAGGGAGGGCGGUCGUGGUCGAAACGAACGGACCAGGUCUUCGAUCAACGACCGCUUCGUCCCGGACAUAUAUCCCCCUACCGGACCUCGAGCCGAAAGGCGCUAA